AUGCCUUCAGGCAAAGAUAUCCACCACUUUAUCGAAAAAGUUCAACCCCCUCAAAUCCCCGCCUCCCGCUCUCACGACCCCGCCAACAACAACAAGCGCACCGAUCCCUUCCAAUUCGGCUCUCGAUUCCUCGAAGAAGGUGACAACGUCUACGAAUUCAACGCAUGGGACCAUGUCGAGCCGGACGAUGAAUUCAAAGCGUUCGCAGAAGUCCAAUACGAGAAGCAACGCGCUGCGCCCGUGUCGGAUUUUGAUCGAAACCGAUUCAACACUGAUCCCGUGAAGUGGUGGAAUCUUUUCUACAAGAAUAACACGGACAACUUUUUCAAAGAUCGCAAGUGGUUGCAACAGGAGUUUCCGAUUCUUGCGGAGGUUACGCAGAAGGAUGCGGGUCCGAAAUUGGUUCUUGAGGUUGGUGCUGGUGCGGGAAAUACUGCUUUUCCGUUGAUUCGGAAUAAUGAGAAUGAGGGACUUAAGGUCCAUGCCUGCGAUUUCUCCAAAUAUGCUGUUAAGGUCAUGAGGGAGAGUGAGCAAUACGAUGAGAAGUACAUGGUUGCGGAUGUUUGGGAUGCGGCGGCUGAACCCAAUGAGGAGGGCGAUUCUCUCCUCCCUGGGAUGCAGGAGGGUUCGGUUGAUGUCGUUAUUCUGAUUUUCAUUUUCUCGGCUCUGAACCCUAAUCAAUGGGAGAAGGCUUUGAGCAAUAUCUACCGUCUGCUGAAGCCCGGUGGUGUGGUGCUUUUCCGUGAUUAUGGUCGUGGUGAUCUGGCGCAGGUGCGAUUCAAGAAGGGUCGCUACAUGGAGGAGAACUUCUAUGUUCGUGGUGAUGGUACUCGGGUGUACUUCUUUGAUCAUGAGCAGUUGGUUCAGUUGUGGGGUCGCUGGACACCGGAGAAUGGUCUCAAGAUUGACCUGGAGAACCCACCUACGGCAGAGCAGACGGCCGAGGAGCAGAACCCGUUCUCGGUCUUGAAUUUGGAGGCGGACCGACGUCUGAUUGUGAACCGCUCUAGCAAGUUGAAGAUGUACCGUUGCUGGAUGCAGGGUUUGUUCCGGAAGCGUGGUGGUUCUGAUCCUGCCCCUACCCCCGCUCCCAAGGUUGAUGUUAAGGUUGUUGAGGUUGAGACUGCGGCUGAGAAUGAUCAGUGA